AUGUCGCAAAAUCAACGCCGCGGAAGGGGAGGCAACCAAAGCCGCGAAGUGUCUAUUUCCAAAGCAUUGAGUCUACUGUUGCGCCAUGCGGCCGAGAAGGAAGGGUUGAAACUGGAUUCUCAGGGGUAUGCCAACAUGGCGGACGUGUUGGCAUGGAAGAAACUCAAAUCGCUUAAGGUGACGUUCGCCGAAAUCAUUCACGCAGUGGCCUCGUCCGACAAGAAACGCUUCGCACUACUACACAUCCCCUCUGCAAAAGCCAGUUCUACGACGGACGACGCCACGACGCCAUCCUCAGCGCAAGACACAGAAGCAGCCACAGCCAGCGAAACCGAACCAAGCUCCAUGGGCAGCUCCCAGGUCCCGACCACCAGCGCAGACGAGGAGACCGCGACGGCGGCCGCGCUCGCAGUCGAGGAUACCGACCCGUCGCAUUUCCUGAUCCGCGCGACGCAGGGACACAGCAUCAAGAGCGUGGAGGCCGCGGCGUUCCUGGAAAAGCUGACGCUCGAGGAUGAGUUCAAGUUACCUGAGACCGUGGUGCACGGCACAUACCAUGCCGCGUGGCCGGCUAUCCUCAACUCGGGCGGGCUGAGGUGCAUGGGACGGAACCAGGUGCAUUUCGCGACGGGGCCGCCGCUGGAAUCCGUGCUACCGAAGCAUGUGGAUGGGAUGUCGCAUACGGCGGCGCCGCCGGGGGGUCUGAACGAUGGACGGGUGAUCUCGGGGAUGAGACGGGAUGCGCAGGUUUUGGUUUACAUUGACAUCAAGAAGGCGCUGGCUGCCGGAUGUCCGUUCUGGCGCAGUGAGAACGGGGUUAUCCUGAGUGAAGGGGUGGCUCUAGGGGACGGCAAGGAUGCAGGGGAUGGAACGGCGCAGAAGAUUGUUCCAUUGGAGUUCUUCGAUGUCGUGGUGGAGAGAAAAUGUGGGCUGGGGAAGCUUUGGGAGCAUGGGGAGAAGGUCCAGGAGCUGCCGUUGGAAUUGGUCCAGAAGGGCAACCCCAAGGGGCCACGGACAGGACCGAAAGGCGGGAGAGAUGGGAGAACGAGAGGAUGA